AUGGAGCAUCCAGUGCGAGAAAUUAAAGGCGUUGUGCGCGGUCUUGUGUGUGCAAAGAAUGCUCAGGAGCAGCGCGCGACUGCGCAGAAGUACAUGACUCCUAAUGCGUCGUUCGACCACCCAAUGUGUGCCGUUCCGUCGUUUCCCGGGUCGCGCGAUAGCGGAUUGCUGCCCAUCUACCAGUGGCUGCGGAUCAUGUUUAUGGAUACGUUGAUUGAUAUCCAUAGUGUCGCGUAUGACGAGGACAACGAGAAGAUAUAUCUCUCUGCAACGCAGACCCUGCGCUGCAAUGUGCCUCUAAUCCGCUACAUUAUCGUGCCCAAGCCGAGUCUCUUUGUGUGCCUCGAUCUUGUGCGCACCGACGGGAAGUACUAUAUCACGAAGCAGACCGAUGUGUAUGCGGUACAGGAGAUUUUCGGAAUGCUCGGGCCCUGGCUCUUUUGCGUGGUAAUGCUCAUCAAGUAUUUUACCGGCUUCUUCUGCCUCUUGCUCGCAAGCCCAUUCCAAUUCCUUGGAUUCUGGAAUCCAGGAUCGCAGCGGAUCAAGCUGAGUGCGGACGAGCAAUAG